AUGUUGUGCGCGCUUCUCGUCCUCUGCCUCUCAGCGGCGCACAUUCAGCUUUCCGCUCACUCCCAGCUUUAUGCACACCCGCCUCUCUACGCGCUGCGCUCUGAGCUCUCCGAGGAUGACAUCCUGGUGGCCAACAACCGCAUCCACGUGCCCCUGGGCCGGGUCGUGUUCGUCGACCCGGUCAACGACCUGGUGAUUCAGGCGCAGUCGGGCGACCGCUGCAGCGUGACGGUUCUGGACAACGACCCGCUAGCGCAGCGCCUCGGUCGCCUCUCACCUAAGAAGUUUCCAUGUGUCUUUGGCCCCAACGACGUCACAUACACCCACUAUGGCUCCAGAAGUCCGGCGCAGGAUCGGGUGCGGCUCCAGCUGCGUUACGACUCGCACGCCGAGACAGUCGUCAUCCCCUUUGUCAUGGAGGUGGAGGUGGUCUUUACGCAGCUGGAGCUGCUCACCAAGAACAUGCCGCUGACCGUCACCCACCUGAGGGGCACCAGCGAUGCCAUAGACCACAAGAUCUUAAAUUUUACCUACGACUGGGAGAUGUAUAAGUGUGGGGUGAUGUCUUUGGCGGGCAGGAGCGCUUUGCCCCGCUACGGGCGGCUGCUGGACGGCGGAAAACUGUCCCAGACAAUGGACUGUGACGAGUUGACGCAGGCGGACAUCCGCUAUAACCACACGUUCCAGGGGGUGUCACCCAACCGGGACCACAUCCCCAUGGUAGUGGAGCUCCGGGACCGAGAAGGCAACCUGGUGAAGCAGGAGCACUUCCACCUGAUGGUCCGAAUCCGUGUGGGCCAGGAGAACACGGCGCCCAGGCCCAGCUUCGUCGCUAUGAUGAUGAUGGAAGUGAGCCAGUUCGUCAUGACUGCGUUCACGCCCGAAAUGCUCGCCUCAGAUGACGCCGAGUCGGACCCUGGCGAGCUGGUCUUCAAUGUCACCUACCCACUGUCCUACGAGGAGGGCUACAUUGUCAGCACCGACGACCAGAACCUGCCAAUUACCUCCUUCUACCAGCGGGACCUGAAAGACCUCAAGAUCACCUACAAGCCGCCCUCGCUGGACGCUGACACCGAGAGGAUAUUCCAGCUCGAAUUUGAAGUAGUGGACCCGGAGGGGGCUGUGUCUGAUCCCUUUGCCUUCAUGAUCGUGGUAAAGCCCAUGAACUCGCUGGCACCGGUGGUGACCCAGAACGCCGGACAGCUCAUAUAUGAGGGUCAGUCCCGUCCCCUGGUGACAGGCCACAACCUGGAGAUCAGCGACGAGGACAACCUUGAGGCGGUGAGCAUCACUGUGGUGGGGGGGUUGCGCCAUGGGCUCCUGCUGGUGCUGGGGUCCCACGGCGACAGCUUCACGGCUGCCGACUUAGCUGCCGGCACAGUGGUGUACCAGCACGACGGCAGCGACACGCACAGCGACAACAUCGUGUUCAAGAUGACGGACGGUAAACACCAUGUGGAGUUCCUCUUCCCUGUCACUGUGGUGCCCACUGAUGACGAGCCUCCCAUCGUCAACGCAAACACCGGCCUGGUGCUGUUCAAGUACCAGAUGAUGCCCGUGUCGCCCCUCGCGCUCAGUGCUGCCGACAUCGACUCAGAAGAUUCCACUGUUAAAUUCACCAUGGUCCCGCCGUUUUCCGCCAUCGGCGUCAUGCUGCUAAGGCAGUCUGACGCCCCAGAGGACCCUUCCUCUUGGAAAUUCAACACAGAGGACGAGGUCUACGAGAAGGAGGUGUACGAGUGGCUGCAGAAGGACAUCACAGAUGGGAAGCUGUUCUACAAGCACAUGGGGCCUCAUAACAUCGACACCAUUAUGGACCAAUUUGUCUUCACUGUCCAGGAUGACAAUGACCCCCCAAAUGAGUCAGAUCAGGCUACAUUUGUAAUUCGGGUUUUGCCUAUCGACAAUGUCCCACCUGAGCUUCACCCCGGCACCGCCCUGCAGAUGACAGUGGAGGAGAACAAGCUGACUCAGGUCAGUAAAGAAGUCCUGCGCUACACGGAUUUGGACUCUGAAGACCGCGACCUUAAGUACACGUUAUUGCAACCCCCGACGGAUACAGACGAAAACCACCAGCUGGUCUUUGGUUCUUUGGUUCUGACGGACAACCCUGAUGUCGAGGUGACCGAGUUCACUCAAGCUCAAGUGAACCACCGCAAGAUCGCGUACAGCCCGCCUGACAAGGACCUGGGAAUCACGACGCACGUGUUGCAGUUUCGGUACAGCGUUGAAGACACGGCAAGGAACAGCGUGGAGGGGGUGUUUACAAUCUACCUCCAGCCGAUCAACAACAAGCCACCACAGAUCACUAACACUGGUUUCGCGGUGUUUGAGGGUGGCGUGCACAUCCUCACCCUCGCCGAGCUCGACGCUGUAGAUGCUGACACAGAGAGUCAAACCAUUACCUUCAGGCUCAGUCAGCCGCCCAAACACGGAACCAUCCAGGUGGCGUUUGCCAACUUGCCAGAAAAAGCCGUGUUCAGUCUGCAGGACCUCUCGGAAGGCAGGAUUUCGUACAGCCACGGUGGCGAGGAAACGGCCAGCGACGAGUUUCAGCUGGACGUCAGCGACUGCGUUCACGUGGUGACCGUAACUGUCAAAGUCCACGUGAAGCUAAUUGAUGACGAGGCCCCGACUCUCAGCCUUCCCGCCGGCACCGUCGGCUCUCGCAUGGAUGUUCUGGAAAACGGCGCUGCGGAGAUCACGGCCAAUGUCAUCCAAGGCCGUGACGAUGACACGGAUGAUCUUCAGCUGACUUUCAUACUGGAGGACCCGCCGACCAUGGGGGAGAUCUUGGUGAAAGGCCUACCCGCCAGCAGGUUCACACAGACGGAGGUGAUUAACGGCGUGGUCGUCUACGCCCACACCGGCGGUGAGAUUGGCCUCACUUCUCACCAGGAUGGCUUCAACCUGACCCUCACGGACAUGUCGGACGAUUGGACGGUGGGCGGCAACCGAGUCCACGGGGUGCAUGUGCGAGUCACUGUGCUCCCUGUGGACAGCGAGGCCCCUGAGGUCGGAGUCGGGUUGCAAUUCAGUGUUCUGGAAGGGGACAAAAACUCCAUCGGUCCUCAGCACUUGAAUGUCGACGACAUCGACACCCCAGUGGAAGACAUCCUGUGCACGAUCAUCGUGCAACCAAACGCAGGCUACGUGCAGAACAUUUCGCCCGCUCCCGGUUCGGAAAAGUCUAGGUCGGGCACAGCCGUCAGCGCCUUUACCGUUGGUGACGUCCGGGCGGGAAAUAUUUUCUAUGUACAGAGCAUCUACAAAGGUGUGGAGCCAGUGGAGGACCAGUUCACCUUCACGUGCUCGGACGGCAUCAACUUCUCGGAAAAGCUCUUCUUUCCCAUCGUAAUUGUCCCCACCAAUGAUGAGCUGCCAGAAAUCUUCUUGAGGGAGAUCAUGGUGAUGGAGGGCAUGAACGUGGUAUUCGACACAUCCGUGGUGAACGGCCAUGAUGCUGACGUGCCUGCCCAGGAGCUGAUGUUUAUCAUCUCCAGGCCGCCCAAACAUGGCGUCAUCGUGAACCAGCUGCCCACUGGAUCCAUCUUAGUGAGCAACUUCACGCUGGAGGCGAUCCGAGAGGCGUCGAGCAUCGUCUACAAACACGAUGACUCGGAAACGACGGAGGACAGCUUUGAACUCCUCCUGACCGACGGGAAGUUCUCGGUAUGGAAGUCGGCAGCGGUGACUAUCAUCGCUGUUGAUGACGAGACCCCCAGGAUGCAAAUCAAUAAUGGCUUGGAUGUGGAAGUCGGCGAGACCAAAGAUGUUGACGGCAAAGUCCUCAAAGCGACAGAUUUGGAUUCGGAUGACAACUCGCUCGCAUACAUAAUCCGUUUCGGGCCCAGUCAGGGUCUCCUCCAGAGGAGAACCCCUCUUGGCUCUACAGAGAACAUUACACUGGGCUCGAACUUCACGCAAACAGAAGUGAAUGCCAGGCAUGUCUUUUAUACCCACAAUGGCCAGGAAGGCAUCCGAGACUUGAUCAAGUUUGAUGUGACGGAUGGGAUCAACCUGCUGAUCGACCGCUACUUCUACAUCAGCGUGGGCGGCAUCGAUGUGGUCUUCCCUGAUGUGGUCAGCAAGGGCGUGUCCCUCAAGGAAGGCGGCCGUGUUACACUGACCACUGACCUCCUCAGCACCACCGACCUCAACAGCCCAGAUGAGAACCUAGUCUUCACCAUCACCAGGGCGCCCGUGCGGGGCCACUUGGAGUACACGGACACCCCCGGGGUGUCUGUCGUGUCCUUCACACAGCUCCAACUAGCCGGAAGCAAGAUCUAUUACAUCCACACUGCAGAUGACGAGCUGAAGAUGGACAGUUUCGAGUUUGAAGUCACAGAUGGCUACAAUCCAAUCUUCAGAACCUUCCGGGUCUCCAUCCUAGAUGUGGACAACAAGAAACCCGUGGUUACCAUUAACAGUCUUCGGGUGACCGAGGGGCACAGUAAGGUCAUCACACCCUUUGAGCUCACCGCCGAGGACCAAGACACUGUAGAGAAGUUGCUCAAGUUCACUGUCACCCAGCUACCGGUCCAUGGAAAGCUCCUGUUCAACAAAUCCAAACCGGUCAGCAUGUUCACCAAGCAGGACCUCAACAAAAACAUCAUCAGCUACGCGCAUGACGGCACCGAAUCCCUUGAGGACUCCUUCUCCUUCACCGUGACGGACGGCACCCACUCGGAUUUUUACGUGUUCCCGGACACUGUCUUCGAGACGCGCCGCCCGCAGACCCUGAAGAUCAUCGUGGUACCCGUGGACAACAGCGUCCCCCAGAUGGCGGUAAACAAGGGCGCUUCCACCCUGAAGACUCUACCCACAGGGCAGCUGGGGCACCUUGUUGGACCAAAGCACCUGAGGGCAGCAGAUCGGGACAGUGGACCGGCAGCGCUGGUGUUCCGGGUCACCACACCGCCCAGGCAUGGGUACCUGGUGAACAUGGGCCGUGGGAACAACUCGGUGGACAGCUUCAGUCAAGCCGAUAUCGACGAUCUGAACGUAUGGUACUUCGUGCGGAAAGAAGAAAACACCACAUCGGACGUCUUUCACUUCAGCGUGGAGGAUAACGGCGGGAACAAGUUGCCGGGCCAGGAGUUCCGCCUGGACUGGUGUUGGAUCUCGGUGGAGAAGGAGUACUACGUGGUGGACGAGGGGGACCGGGAGGAGGAUGGCGAAGUCUUCCUGGAGGUGGUGCUCAGGCGGAGGGGCUACUUGGGGGAGACCUCCUUUGUAGGCAUCGAUACUCAGGAUGGCAGUGCCAAAAAGGACCAGGACUUCAGGGGCAAGUCCCAGCGGCAUGUCCAGUUCAACCCGGGCCAAACCAGGGCCUCCUGGCGGGUCCGGAUCCUCGCCGACGGCAAGUACGAGCGGGCUGAGACUUUCCAGAUCCUUUUGUCGGAGCCCGUUAUGGCGGCGUUGGAAUUCCCCGCCGUCGCCACCGUGGAGAUCCUGGACCCCAAUGACGAAUCGAACGUCUUCUUCCCAGAGGCUCUGCUGUCGGUGGAGGAGGACGUGGGCCGUUUGUCCAUCCCCGUCCAUCGCAGCGGCGACAUCAGCGAGGAGCUGAUGGUGCUCUGCUACACGCAGCAGGGUUCCGCCACGGGUACGGUGCCCACCACCGUCCUGUCCUACUCGGACUACAUUUCCCGUCCGGAAGAGCACGGCAGCGUGCUUCGCUUUGACAAGGGCGAGCGGGAGAAGGCGUGCCGGGUGGUGGUCAUCGACGACUCGCUGUACGAGCCCCCCGAGAGCUUCAACGUCACCCUCUCGGUGCCCGUGGGGGGCCGUCUGGGCCUGCGCUACCCCUCGGCCAGAGUCACCAUCCUGGAGGAUCAAGACGACGCUCCAAUGUUUUAUUUUGGCGAGGAGGACCGUCGCGUGGACGAGAGCGACGGUUUCGUGGAAGUCAAAGUGUUCCGCACCGGCAGCGACCUCUCCAAAUCCGGCACCGUGACCGUCCGCUCUCGUAAAUCCGAGCCCGUCUCGGCGGAAGCCGGAGUGGACUACGUGGGCAUCAGUCGGAACCUGGACUUCGCUCCGGGCGUGAGCGCGCUGACGUUUCGGGUCAACAUCCUGGACGAUCUGGGAAGACCCGAACUGGAAGGACCGGAGACCUUUGAUCUGGUCCUUCGCAUGCCGGUGAACGGCAUCCUGGGAGAACCGGGAAAAGUGGCCGUCGCCAUCGACGACUCCUUGUCUGACUUACCCAAGGUGCAGUUCCAUGAGGCGGUCCACUCCGGCGAGGAGCACCAGGGUCAGCUGGUGGUGAUGGUGUACCGCAGCGGCGACCUGCGCUUCUUGUCCACCGUGCGUUGCUACACCCGGCAGGGCUCGGCGCAGGUCGCCUCUGACUUUGAUGAGCGGCCCAACACCGACGCGUCUGUCAUCGCCUUCUCACCUGGUGAGACGGAGAAGCCCUGCGUCCUGUCGCUCGUGGACGACUCGCUCUACGAGGAAGUGGAAGCACUCCGUUUGGUCCUCGGGAGCCCGAAGAGUGACUCGCAGUUUGGCGCCUCGCUGGGUGACCUGAAGGAGACCUUGGUGAAAAUCAAGGACACCGCAGACAAGCCCAUCAUUCGGUUUUCCGAGACCAAAUUCAGCGCCAGCGAGCCCAAAGUGGUGGGCGGCGUGGCCAGCGUGCGGAUCACCGUGGUGCGACUGGGCGACACCUCUAAGGUGUCUGUCGUCCGCGUUCACACCAAAGACGGGUCGGCCGUGUCGGGGGAGGACUACCACCCCGUGUCCCAGGACAUUGUGUUCAAGCAGGGGGACAAGGAGCACGUUGUCCAUGUUGAGAUUCUAUACGAUGGCGUGGCGGAGACGAGAGAAGCCUUCACGCUGCACCUGAAGCCCGACGACAACAUGGUGGCCGAGACGCAGAACGCCAAAGCCACAGUGUACAUCGAGGAGGCCAACAACAUGGCCGACGUCACCUUCCCCUCACUGCCUCACGUGCUCUCGUUGCUCCACUACGACCACCAAGCCGCCACCACGGGGGGUUUGCAUCCACCUGCCGGUUACCCCGUCAUCUGUGUGACCGCCUGCAACACCCGGUACCCGGACUACGACAAGACGGGCUCCAUCUGCGUCAGCGAGCACAUCAACGACACCCUGACGCGCUACCGCUGGCUCGUCAGCGCCCCCGCCAGUCCCGACGGCGUCACCGGCCCCAUGCGGGAGCUGGACUUCGACACCUUCUUUACCUCCUCCAAGGCCGUCACGCUGGACUCAAUCUACUUCCAGGCGGGCUCGCGGGUCCGGUGCGCCGCUCGGGCCGUCAACUCCAACGGAGACGAGGGCCUGGAGCUCAGCAGCCCCGUCGUCACCGUCAGCCACGAGGGAGGUAUGUGCCAGCCCCGCAAGAUGGGCACCGUGGGCGCAGAGCCUUUCUCGGCCAAGUUGCGCUACACGGGAACAGACGACCCCAAACGUCCCAACCUCAUCAAAGUGACCGUCACCAUGCCGCACGUGGAUGGUAUGCUUCCGAUCAUUUCCACGCGUCCCCUCAAUAAUUUAGAGCUGACCCUGAGCCCGGACGGCACCCGGGCGGGCGACCACCGCUGCUCCAACUUGCUGGACUAUGACGAGGUGAGCACGGCCCACGGUUUCCCGAAGGCGGACACGCACGACCCGGAGAGCGCGGGGACCUCGGCGCCCUACCAGUUCAGCAGCGCCCUGCGCGGGAACGCCACGCUACGCUUCUACCGCAACCUCAACCUGCCGGCCUGCCUGUGGGAGUUCAGCAGCUACUACCGCAUGUCCGAGCUGCUCACCGACUGCGGCGGCGCCAUCGGCACCGACGGACAGGUCCUGAACUUGGUGCAGUCGUACGUGACUCUGCGCGUGCCCCUCUACGUGUCCUACGUCUUCCACUCACCAGUGGGCGCGGGCGGUUGGCAGCACUUUGACCUCCGCUCCGAGCUGCGGCUGACCUUUGUGUACGACACCGCCAUCCUGUGGACGGAGGGCAUCGGAAGCCCGCCGCAGGCCGAGUUGCAGGGAUCGCUGUACCCCAUCAGCAUGCGUAUCGACCCGCACGGACGCUUGCUGGUCAACUUUCGUACCAAAGCUCGCUUCAGGGGGUUGUUCGUCCAGUCGCACGCCACGGGACGCAUUCCGGGAUCUCCGGUCUUGUCAGGGACGUCUGAGCAGUCGACGGUGAUGAGCGCGACCCAUCCCGCCCUGACGUUCAACCUGAGCUUAGUGAGGAGCGAGCCCACCUUCAACCAGCCCAUGCAGCAGUGGACCUUCAUCUCCGACUUUGCCGUGCGAGACUACUCGGGGACCUACACUGUCAAUCUGGUCCCCUGCACCGCCUCACAGAACACGGAGUACUCUGUGCCGCCCGUGUGCAUCCCCAGCGAACCGGUCGCCUUUGAUGUGGAUAUCCGAUUCCGGCAAGUGAGCGAUCCUGUGGCUGUUGAGUUCAGUCUGAACACUCAAAUGUUCCUGCUGUCUAAAAGAAGUUUGUGGCUCUCUGACGGCUCCGUCGACAUCAGCCAAGAGAGCGCUGUCGCUUUUUUGGAAGGAGACAUUGUAUACGGUCGGGUGAUGGUGGACCCGGUGCAGAACCUUGGAGAUUCUUUCUUCUGCAGCAUCGAGAAAGUUUUCCUGUGCACCGGAGCUGAUGGCUACGUUCCCAAGUACAGCCCCACCAACUUUGAAUUUGGCUGCCUGGCCGACUCGCCGUCGCUUCUCUACAGAUUCAAAAUCAUUGAUAAAGUACAGCCGGAGACUCAGGCGCGAGUUUUCGGUGACGUGGAUUUUAACGCCAUGCUGGCAAUGGACGACCCUUCGGCCGCGCCGCUUGUCAGGCAGCCCGGAUCCGACGGAUUCAAGAUGGAUUCCAGGGCCAUGUUCCAGGUGGCAUCGGGUCGUGAGUGGUACAUUCACGCCAUCUACACGGUGCGCUCCAGGGAAAGCGCCAACAAAGGCAUCGGGAAGCGCACCCUGGAAUCUCACCGCCGUCGCCGCCACGCCUUCACCUCCACGGGGGGCACCCGGUCCGCUUCGGCCCCCCUACCCGAGUCGACCGCGGAUCUCGGCCCCGACGCCAACCGCGGCACCAAUAUCAUGCACGUCGCCCUGGGCCGCGUCAAACGUCCGGCGGCCGCGGGGUCCGCACACCGGCCGUCCUCCGCGGAGGCCGGCGAGCUGAUCGGCGACCGGGGGGAUGAGGGCGCGAUGACGGUGGCGGGGGCCCUGGUGGGCGUCCUGCUGAUGGCGCUGAUGGGCGGCGUCCUGACGCUGGCGGUGCACUACAGACGCAAGGACGGCGAACGGGAGCUAGAAUGGCGGGAGGGCGUGCGGGAAGCCGUCAAAGGUUCGCUUAGCUCAGAGCCCAUCUUGGUAGUCACGAUGCAACACUGUCGCAACAGCUCCGACGUCUGACACGCAACAAAAAGAUACCAUGGAGGCAUUUUAUCAUUAUACUUUGUUUGCUUUUUAUUUCUUUUAUAGACUGAUUUUUUUUUUUUUUAAUACACUAUGGCAUGGUGGUACAGAAGAGUAUGAGGACCACACCAUAAGGGGAAAAAAAUAAUGACUAUACAGUACUCUAAAGUUUUUGUUUUUUAAAAUAAUUACCCAUUUUUGCAAUUUUUGGGGCAAUGUCGUCGUAUUACGUGAUUCAAAUCAUGGUGAUAAAUCAAAACAUUCCAAGAUUAAAAUCCAAAUUUUUCAUUAAAAAAUUUGUAACAUUACAACAUUGUCAGCAUUAAAAACUAAUAAUCAACAGAGUACAAAGUUGUUGUUUUUUCAAAGAAAAAUGUCUAAAUACUACAUUUAAGUUAAAAUUUAUGGGAAAGUUUGUAAUUGUAUGCAAAAAAAUUAUAAUCUGAUACUAGGCAAUUAGAGUCAAAAUAUAUAAUUAAAAAAAAAAAAAAAAAAAAACUUCUUUAAAGAAGUCAGAAUAUUGCAAGAUUAUAUAUGAAUUUUUAUGUAAGAAAGUUGUAAAGUGGUGCUUUUUGCCAACUAAAAAAACCCCGCACUAUUACAGGAUUUAAGUCCCAUUUUUUUCAAGAUAAAAAGUCUUAAUAUUACGAGAACAAAGUCAUAUUCAAAACAAAAAGUCAGAAUAUUACUAUAUUAAAGUGCUACAAUUAUUUAAGAUUACUAUAUUAAAUUAUGCGGUAAAAAAGGUUAUAAUUGCAUUUUUCAAAUUAAAAACUUGGGUUUUUUUUCAAAAUAAAGUCAGAAUAUUACAAGAAUAAUAGAUGAAAGUUAUAUUUUUAUCAAAACAAAAAGUCAGAAUAUUACAAGAUUAAAUCUGAAAUUGUAUGGAAAAAAUGCCAUCAUGCAAGAUUAAAGUCUUUUUGGGGGGAAGAUAAAAAAAGUCUUAAUAUUAACAUAUUUUUCCAAACAAAAUUUUUUUUGGGGGGGAGAAAGUCAGAAUAUUACAAAAUUGGAGUCAGAUUCUUUACGGAAAAAGUCAUAAUCAUACGAGAAAAAAAGAAAAAAAAAAUUUCCAGAUAAAAAUGUGUGUAUGAAAUUACAGCUGUAUUUGUUUUCCCCAGGAUAAAGUCAUAAAAUUACAAGAUUAAAGUUGUCAAAAUAUUUUAAUUUGUUUAUAGAUUAGAUAAAAUUACACUUCUUUUCCAAGAGUUUUACAUUACCAUUCAAAAGUUUGGGGUUUUCAUUCAAUAGGAUGAGAGAGUGCAUCCAAACUUUUACAAGACUUUUUAAUCAGGACAAUCGAACGUUUUCUCUUGAAAAAAAAAUUACUUCAUCCUUUGUAGUUUACUGUUAGCCUGGGCUUGAAUUUUUAAUUUAUACACAGAAUUGUUUGAAAAAUUGGAUUAUGCCACAUGGAUUGCACUUAUUGCAACAUGUAAUAUCAGAAAGAAACAGCAGAUGAAUCUAUCAAGGGUUAUUACAUUCAAUCUCUCAUUUACAUUUUGUAUGACAUAUUUGAACCGGAUUGUGUGCUACUACUACUGAGUUUUUUCUUUUAUUAUUUUACAGCUGGCUGUUUUCACAAUAUGUGUUCUCAUCACAUUAUUAUCAUUGUGUAGACAUGAAUUGUAAACACACACAAGAAGCUGCUGCGGUACGGUCACUGUGAACGUUAUACUCAUAUAAUCAUACGAUUUGUUUACAUUUGAGUGUUCCUAUUUAUUUGUCUCAUUAUGGACAGGAUUUAUUUCUAAAUGUGUAAUUGCUGCCACACUCGCCCAUGCAAAUCCAAGCUAUGCAAUGUAAUGUAAUGUUUAUGACAUCGUAGCCACACUUGCCAUGUACAGGACAGUCACAAUCAAACUUCAUAUUCACUUUGUGUCUUUUUAUGAAUGUUUUUUUAAAUAAAAUUUAUUUAAUAGAAUAAAUAUGGACGCAUUGCUCCCGGGAAGUUAUUGUCAUUGUACUCCACAAAAGCAAC